AUGAACAUACUGAACAGCUACCACUUUUUGUACUUUCUGCCUACCACACGCCUUGUCAUCUUACUAGCAGCUUUGACAACUGCUGAGGAUGUGACUAAUAGCACUUUCAACCACACUGACAUGAACAUGGGAUCUGUGCCUGUGGUGAUCUCCCGCAUCGACCAUAUUAUAGUCAAGGAGGGGAGUAGUGCCUUGAUUGACUGCAAUGUCCAAGGCAGUCCUAGUCCACAGUACAAAUGGUACAAUUCCAACGGGCGCCUGCUCCAAGAGGAGGAGAGUAAAGGAAAAUGGUGGUUUCUUGACAAUGGGCUACUAAACAUUACCAGAGUGUCUUUCGAAGACAGAGGUAAAUACACCUGUGUUGCAUCCAAUACCUAUGGCAGUGUUAACAAUACUGUGACACUGAGGGUUGUUUUUACCUCUGGAGAUAUGGGAAUCUAUUACAUGAUUGUCUGCCUUGUAGCUUUUACCAUUGUUAUGAUACUGAACAUAACUCGGUUAUGUAUGAUGAGCAGUCACCUGAAGAAAACAGAGAAAGCAAUUAAUGAAUUCUUCAGAACAGAAGGGGCAGAGAAGCUCCAGAAAGCCUUUGAGAUUGCGAAACGUAUCCCAAUUAUCACUUCAGCCAAAACGCUUGAGCUUGCCAAAGUAACCCAGUUCAAGACCAUGGAAUUCGCUCGCUAUAUUGAAGAGCUUGCUCGGAGUGUACCUUUGCCACCUCUUAUCAUGAACUGCAGAACUAUAAUGGAAGAAAUUAUGGAGGUUGUUGGUCUGGAGGAGCAAGGGCAGAAUUUUGUCCGGCAGACAGCAGAAGGCCAGGAAACCACUGAAACAGAUGAACUGUAUAUGCUUCCCAAUGCUUUGAAGCGCAGUGACUCUCCCACAGCUGACUCUGAUGCAUCGUCACUGCACGAGCCACCUCAACAGAUUGCAAUAAAAGUGUCAGUCCACCCAUUGUCCAAAAAGGACUGCAUGGACGGUCAGUCACAAGAAAGCAUGCAGUUGGACACCAAGGAAGAAGACACUCCUCAAACACCAGCACUUCCUGCAGAGCCCCCUCCUGAGCCCUCUGCUGAACUGAGUUCUGAUGACACAGCAUUGGCGAAUGACAAAAAUGCAUGCGUUAUAUAUGAAAGCCAUGUAUGA